CCGAAGAGAAGAAUGGGAGGCUGGGCCUGAGGGAGGUGGCAGGCUUUGAGGCGCAUAUCCCCGGGCCUUCAAAUGAGUAAUGGGGAUCCCUGUGGCUGCCAAAUCCAGAGCUGGAGACUAGGGGCCACCCGGGGUUCUUGGAGCUUCUGUGGGCUUGGACCCCCUGAGCUGUGGGGCGCUAUCUCUAGCUGACCUCUAUUUUCAGGAUUUGCCUCCAGGCCACCCCCCAACUUUGCUCAGGCCCCCCAGGGCUAUCGAGGACCAUGACUAAGACAGAUCCUGCUCCAAUGGCCCCUCCACCCCGAGGGGAGGAAGAAGAGGAGGAGGAAGAGGAUGAACCGGUCCCAGAACCCCCCAGCCCCACCCAGGAGCGCCGGCAGAAGCCUGUUGUGCACCCCUCAGCUCCUGCCCCACUCCCCAAGGACUACGCUUUCACCUUCUUUGACCCCAAUGACCCUGCGUGCCAGGAAAUUCUGUUUGACCCGAAGACCACCGUUCCAGAGCUGUUCGCCAUCGUUCGCCAGUGGGUGCCCCAAGUGCAGCACAAGAUAGACGUCAUUGGCAAUGAGAUCCUGCGGCGUGGCUGCCACGUGAAUGAUCGUGAUGGACUCACUGACAUGACAUUACUCCAUUAUGCGUGCAAAGCUGGGGCCCAUGGAGUCGGAGACCCUGCAGCGGCCGUGCGUCUCUCACAGCAGCUGCUGGCGCUGGGCGCGGAUGUGACCCUGCGCAGCCGCUGGACCAACAUGAAUGCGCUUCACUACGCAGCCUAUUUCGAUGUUCCAGACCUUGUGCGUGUGCUGCUGAAGGGGGCAAGGCCUAGGGUGGUGAACUCCACGUGCAGUGACUUCAACCAUGGCUCAGCUCUGCACAUCGCUGCCUCAAAUCUGUGCCUGGGCGCAGCCAAAUGUUUACUGGAGCAUGGUGCCAACCCAGCGCUGAGGAAUCGAAAGGGACAGGUGCCAGCGGAAGUGGUCCCAGACCCUAUGGACAUGUCCCUUGACAAGGCAGAGGCGGCACUGGUGGCCAAGGAGCUGCGGACACUGCUGGAAGAGGCUGUACCACUGUCUUGCACCCUUCCCAAAGUCACACUACCCAACUAUGACAACGUCCCAGGCAAUCUCAUGCUCAGUGCGCUGGGCCUGCGCCUAGGAGACCGAGUGCUACUAGACGGCCAGAAGACUGGCACACUGCGCUUCUGCGGGACCACGGAGUUUGCCAGCGGCCAGUGGGUGGGUGUGGAGCUGGAUGAACCAGAGGGCAAGAACGAUGGCAGUGUUGGGGGUGUCCGGUACUUCAUCUGCCCUCCCAAGCAGGGUCUCUUUGCUUCUGUGUCCAAGAUCUCCAAGGCAGUGGACGCACCCCCGUCAUCCGUUACCUCCACACCCCGGACUCCCCGGAUGGACUUCUCCCGUGUAACUGGCAAAGGCCGGAGGGAACACAAAGGGAAGAAGAAGUCCCCGUCUUCCCCAUCUCUGGGCAGCCAGCGUGAAGGGGCCAAGGCUGAAGUUGGAGACCAAGUCCUUGUGGCGGGCCAGAAGCAGGGGAUUGUGCGCUUCUACGGGAAGACUGACUUUGCUCCAGGUUACUGGUAUGGCAUCGAGCUGGACCAGCCCACAGGCAAGCAUGACGGCUCUGUGUUUGGUGUUCGGUACUUUACCUGCGCCCCGCGACACGGGGUCUUUGCGCCAGCCUCUCGCAUCCAGAGGAUUGGUGGAUCCACCGAUCCCCCUGGAGACAGUGUGGGAGCCAAAAAAGUGCAUCAAGUAACAAUGACACAGCCCAAACGCACCUUCACAACGGUCCGGACCCCAAAGGACAUUGCAUCAGAGAACUCCAUCUCCAGAUUACUCUUCUGCUGCUGGUUUCCCUGGAUGCUGAGGGCGGAGAUGCAGUCCUAGAGGCCCUGGACACCCAACAAAGAGACAGAGUCCCCUCUAGCAUCUCCUGACACAAGGAGCCCCCAGUCACCCCAAGAUAGAGACUCCCAGUGACACCUCCAGAAUAGAAACCCUGUUAGCCAGCCCUCGAUUACUGAGGUCCCAUUGUUAACAGAUCUCCCAAGACAACUCCCCAAAUACAGACCUCAUGUUACCCCAAAAGAGAUUCCCUGAGUAGCACCUUCAGGCUAGUCCCUGCCCACUACCCCUCAGAGCAGAUUUCCUCCAAUAAACAGAUUUCCACAUCA